UUCUUGUUUCCAAGGCAACUCGUAUUUUAUCAAUAAAUAGGCCGAGUAAAUAGGGAAAUGACAUCUUGCAUCUGUUUGGGCCCUAAAAGAGCCGGAAAAACUCAUCUUCUGAAAGCUCUACAGGAUCCCGAUUCCAUCGAUGAGACCAGUUACUCCAUGCCCACCAUCGGAACGGGAAUAUAUCGCAUCCAUUUUCCCACCAAGUCUCCAAAUAGCGACAAACCCAAGCCCCCGCCAGCCGAUGGAUCCGCCCAAGGCGCCAAUAUACCCCAUGGCGGAAAAAACUUACCAAAAUCCAUUCAAAUCCUGGAAAUUGGAGGCAGCAUGGCGCCCUUAUGGCGACAGUAUUUCGAGGAUGUAAAGAAACUGAUCUACGUGGUGGACACAUCCAAUCUCUGCCAGAUUUCCGCCGCGGGAGUACUUUUUUAUUCGAUUCUUACCGAACCCCGGUUACAGAAAGUGAAGAUCCUGCUGGUCCUGGCCAAGAUGGACUACUCCUACCGUCAGAUGAGGAAUGAGGCCCUCUUGAUGCUCCAGAUGUCCAAGUUGCAGAAGCAGAUUCGCCAGCAGGUGACCAUUGUGGAGGCCAGUGCUGUGACCAAAGUAGGACUAGAUCCCAUUUAUGAUUGGCUACAGAGGCCAUAAAAUGAUUGUUUUUUUUUAUUUAUAAAUUUUUAAAGUAAAUUUUAAAUCAAAAUGUUUUAAUAAUUGUUUUUAAAAUGUAAUUUUUUUUUAAGAGAUUUUCUUAAGAGAUUUCUGAAUAAAAAUAGUUUUUUUUUUAUUUAUAAUUUCUUCGCUAAAAAUCUUAAUAAAAUUAAUAA